CUUUCCACUUUUCUUUAUACAAUGACAACCCUUGAAUUGGUCCAUUUUAAUGAUGUGUACCACGUCUCGCCUAAUAAAGAUGAACCUGUCGGAGGUGCCUCUAGAUUCUCCACAGCCAUCAAGUCAUGUAUCAAAGAAGACGAGGACCUAAACCCUCUUGUCAUGUUUUCUGGAGACGUAUUCAACCCAAGUCUCGAAGGCUCUAUUACCAGAGGCUCUCACAUGUCCGAUGUGAUGAGCAAUCUGCCAAUCACUGUUGCUUGUUUGGGAAACCAUGACUUUGAUUUCGGUCUUCCUCAACUCCAGCGUAACCUGGCUGCUACAAACUUUCCUUGGUUGAUGUCCAAUGUGUUAUUUGAAGAUACAAACGAACCUCCUGUCCAGAGUCUGCGUUAUUUAGUAAUUGAUCAUCCUGAGUCAGGACUUAAACUGGGUGUACUUGGUCUUGUAGAAAAAGAGUGGAUUGAGACAAUUCCAUCAUUCCCCCCAGAGUUGGUUUACCAUGACUUUGUUCAGACUGCCAAGGAUCUAUCGGCCGAGUUAAGAGAUCCGGAAGGACCACACAAAGUAGACUUUAUAGUUGCAUUGACACAUAUGCGUGUACCGAAUGAUAUUAAACUCGGUAGAGAAUGCUCUGAUGAUGUGGAUAUUAUUCUUGGAGGACAUGAUCAUUUCUACUAUGUUUCUAAUCAUGUCGACAUUGUGGGAGAAAAAUGGACUCGGGAACAUAACCUGGAUGAUGUUGGAUUCGAUCCUGAAGAAGAACCAUUUGACAAGCCUGUAUGGGUUAUUAAGAGUGGAACUGAUUUUAGAGAGUUUUCUGUACUAAAGCUUGAAAUUGACACUGACGAAGAUGGCAGGAAGAAAAUCAAAUCAAUGACAGCUGAGCGUCGUACAGUCGAUUCAAGUGUGGAGCCAGAUGAGGAGAUGGAUGUGAUUGUAGAAAAGGUGGCUGAAUUGGUGUCAGAAAAGACAAAGCGUGCUAUUGGAUACACAACUGUACCCCUGGAUGGCAGAAGCUUUGCUGUCCGGACCGAAGAAACCAACUUGGGAAAUCUUACUGCAGAUCUGAUGCUUUUGUCAUAUCGUUAUCUUGGAGCUGAUUUUGCACUGUGUGUGGGUGGCACUAUCAGAAAUGACAGUAUUAUCGAUGUAGGACCGAUCACGAUUGGAGAUAUCAUGAACAUAUUUCCCUUCACAGACCCAUGUGUCCUGAUAAAAGUUACUGGUCGCCAAUUAUGGGAUGCCCUGGAAAACAGUGUAUCCGAAUAUCCUAAGCAAGAGGGCCGGUUCCCCCAGCUCGCUGGUCUGCGUCUGGAAUGGGACCCAACCAAGCCCCCCGGACAGCGUGUGAAGAAUGCUCGAUAUAUGCCCGAAAACAUGGCCCCUCUGGACCUAGAUGAGGAAUACUCUCUUGUCACUCGACACUAUCUCACCGGUGGCUAUGAUGGUUUCACGUCUCUUAAUGUUCCGGCGAGCAAGAUUGUUGUAGACGAAGAAAAUGGCCUGUUGAUCUCAACUCUUUAUCGCAAGUUCUUCCUUGGUCUCAAGUACCUCAAUGCCGUUCGUGAGAAUCUUGUGAAGCCCGUUGCUGCCAAGAUAGCCCGAGAGAAGAAGAAGCGUAUUGACCAGUUGGUAGCUAGUGCCGCUUCUCAUUGGCGAAAGGUUACUCAGGAUAUCCAGGCCUCCAGAGACCAUGAACCAGAGGAUAUUGAGGGUCGUGCAGAAUUCCAUGUUACAGAAGAAGGUGUUCUUCAGGCGUUUGAGGAUUCUUCACAAGGCCAUCCCAACUGUAUUUCCCCUGAAGAGGAUGAAGACAAGGUAUCUGAGCCUGAAGAAAUGUACAAGCAUGAGGAAGAGGACACUUCGUGGGUAAAACGAUGGGCCAGUAUUGGUCCCGUAAUUCAGGGCAGAAUUUAUCGAGUCCCAGCCGAUGAAGAAGACGAAGAAGUUAAAGAACCAGAAACAGAAGAGGCAGAAACGGAAGCAGCAGAAACUGAAGUGGAAGAAAAGGAAGAAGAAUAGAAUUGUCUAUAUAUAUAUAUAUUUUAGAAUACCAAAACUAACCACUAAAUAUGAGCAUGAAAAAAGGGCACUCAAUUAUAUACCACAUACAAUAAAGAGUAUGCAUAAAUACAAUAUUUUUUUAAAAAAAAUAAAAAAUACUUGCUUAGUUGCUAAGAAUUUGAUAGAA